CUAUGGCGGUUAUUCAAGUUUAUUCACAUGCCAUCCAGCAAAAAUAUAAAGCUAGCGUUUGUUCCAAGGCUACCUUUUUUCAACUGUGUGUUUUUAUAUUAACUGUUGUACCCCCGUUAAUAUUUGCAUAUAAAAGUCAAGGUUUUUGGCUGAAAUUAUCCAGUUAUGUGGAACAACCAGAUAUUCGCUUUAAAUACCAGCUCUUAGUUAUCUUGGACACAGCAGAUGAUUAUCUUGCAUGGAGCACGUUCCAGAACUUCAACAGCCUUCAACAGUCUCAUAUUCGCAUACCAUUGGUGAAGUCACGAGAAGAAGAUGUGAAUCGGGAUGGGAAGAAAGAUCUCUUACACUUCUCAUUAGAGAUGCCGGUGACGGACACUGAAGACAUCUUUGCGUUGCAGCUGUUGCUUUUCUUUGACUAUCGAUUAUACAAAUUUUCUGAAUUUACUAUGGAAAGUAUGGCUUAUGUCCACCACAGUGCUAUGCAGAGUGGUGCUGAAUAUUCUACAGACGGCCACCUGAUACUUGUGCAGAGGCAGCCUUUAGCUCAUAGAGGCGUCGAUAGUAGAUACAAUAAUACAAGCAUUGAUCAAGAAAGCAUCUUUGCAGAGGCAUAUGACUUCAAACGUAUUUUCAAGGAGUAUAACAGCAGAAAUGUAACAACACGAUACGAUGCAGACUAUUCUGUGUGGGUGAGAGGCAGGGGAAGCGGCAUGCCUUUCACAAUCACUAUCACGGUGCGGUACCCAGAGGAAAGCGUCACGUACACACCAGGAUUCUGGCAGGUGAUGAAGGACGCGUGGAUCCAGUACUUGGCAGUGCUCAUCAUUUUCGUGCUCGUCUUCGAUCGAAUCAAGAAGUACGUGUUCAAGAACCAGCUGGUGACGACGAUAGUGGACAGGCGUGUUAAACCGCACGACACGUGAUCGAUCGUCGUUAGUCACGAUGCCGCUUGAGUUGGGGCAGCUGUCAGAAUUGUCGACGCGUCGAUCACAGCCACUGUUCGUGGUUGCAGCUGUCGCCGCCUCUUAUCUCCUACACGUCGUUCUGCAGUCUUUGUAAUAUUUGACUUUG